GCCGGACGGUCGAGUAGUAUAAAAGCGGUACUACGAUCACUUUGGUAGGACUCACCAGUCGAAAGCAAUAUGAAAUACUUUGUGGCCCUGUUGGCUUUUGUGGCCGUUGCCAGUGCGGGUACCGUCGGCGUACCCAUCGAUAACCACUCGAUCGCCAGCACCGUGGUGGAUCUCAUUGAGGGGCUCAAGGAGCAGAUGCCAUGCGGCUUCACUGGCCUGGGCAUCCCGCCGCUGGCUCCUCUCAGAAUCGACCACAAGAACAUCGACAUCGACACCGAGGCCAUCAAGGCCGAGGGCACCAUCGACCACUUCCGUCUCAACGGACUGAACGAGUUCGACAUCGAUGAGAUGAAGAUCAACGCCCUCACCAGCAAGGUCACCUACAAGUUCACCUUCCGCGACGUGAACGUCGACACCCAGUACGACCUGAAGGUCCUGCUGAAGAAGUACGGUUUCACUAUCAACCUCAUCGGCGCCGGCCACGCCAAGUUCGCCAUCAAGGAUAUGGUCAUCUGGGGCACCCUCAAGUACUCCCUGGGCGUCAUCAGUGGCAACCUGAAGCUCAAGUCCCUCGAGGUGCGCACCCACCUCGGCGAGGUUGACUCCGAGAUCGAGGGCAUCCUCGGCGACGGUACCAUCAACGAGAAGAUGAACGAGUACCUGGCCGAGGCCGUCGAGCUGGCCAUCAACGAGAACGAGGACCUCAUCACCGACACCAUCGAGAGCAUCGCCCUGCCCGUGGUCAACAACAUCCUGGACGAUGUCAGCAUCGCCGACGUCAUUGCUGGCGGCACCGGCGGCGAGGGUGGCGAGAAGGAGGUCUGCAUUCCUCCAGAGUUCGAUUGGUAAUCACUAAAUGGUUAAUUAAACUACAAUUUUUGAAUCAAAA